AUGCAAGACCCCGUCUAUCUUGUGGCCUCUCAACGUCUUUUGGAAUGGCAAAGUGGUUUCGGUUCUACUGCCAUAACCAUGGUGGAGCAUUUUUUUGAAUCUGAUCCCGCUUACACAACUUAUCACACCUGUCAAGAAUUUGCUAGUGAAAUUCUCACUGAUUUUGCAUACCUCUACGAAGAAAUAGGGGAUGAUCCCUCAGAAUUUUGUGGUCUCUUUGGUCACCGUUUGUCCUGCAAACAUUUGCGGCCCACCUUGCCACAUAAUGCCACAGACACUAAGAAGUAUCCACAGGUAGGGGCCCUAGCAAUGAGCGCAGCAGCCGUUGAACGUGCAUUUACUAUGUGGGCUGAGAGAAAAGUCAGCUGGGACCUGCCAGUAGUGCAGUCCCAAGUAGGUUCCGUAGCUCGGAAAGUCAAGCCGGUUCGAGAGCUCAACAGGGCUACUGGCAAAACAACCGGUAGCCAUGCGGCGUUCUCUGACACGAACUGGGGCGAGGCUACUCGCUAUUAUGCUACUGACAAAUUAUGA